AUGGAAGCAUCAAGUAUACAAUAUUCUGGCGACAGUGAAGGAAAAAUGAUGUUGAAUACGAGAGAAUUAAUCAAUUAACUGCAGUUCGUACAUUUAUUAAGGACGAAACAAGCAUAACUCGUGAUGCAUAAAUCAGUUGCCGUGGAUUUCACGAGCUACGUAAAGGUAACGCGAUAAUUGUCGUAAUUGCGGCAACGACAAUAAGCCUAAGCUGUUGAAUAUUUUCAGUUGCUAUUAGAACUGAUGGCAAGAAAUUCUGCAGAAGGUACGUGAUUCACGAACCUGUUCCAAAUCGUCAUUAUCUUCUCUCAGUAAUAAAUUUGUUUGCCCGACGAUAGAAUCGGCAAACUAUGAAACCGAGGACGGCCGUAUUAUCAGCACCGAUGAAUCAGAUAUCGAAGAUAACGGCGAGAACUAUCCCGAGACGGACGAAGACGAGCAGAAUUUUGGAAACGAGCGCGAUUGCGACACGAUCUUUCGCUUAAACAAAUUCUACGACGAUCACGUGGGCAACACGCGAGGGCACUUAAAGCCAAAUGCGUGCAAUGAUGUCUGGAGUGAUUUCGAGUUCGAGGAGAAGAUGUACAGAGUGAUACCUCUGAAAUUGGAUGGGGAAAUAUUCGAAUCGAAACAAGGAUAUUCAAGCCUGACCAAUGAAAAUCAUAAUAAAUAA